GUGCUGAACUCGGCUGCAGACUCCAAACUCCUCCAUCAGGACCAGACGUCCAGAGACGAACUUGUUCAUGGACGUUUUUAUUUCAGGGGUCCACUGUUUGUUGCAUCACAUGUCUUUGAUAGAGACAGAUAAUAAUAACAACCCACAACAGUCAGCUCAUCGGUAAAAAAAUGAGUUCGGUUUGGUUUAUUUUGCUUCUUUUUCUGCGGACUGUGGAGCUCCGUCAUCUCCAAGCAGCCGGGGGGUCAUCGGGGUCCGAGCUGGUUGUGACCCGGGAGGAGGAUGCUGGUACCCGGGAGGAGGAUGCUGGUACCCCGGUGACAAAGGAAAUGACUUUUCCCGACAGGACUGAUAGUUUUAAAGUCCCGCACCUGAAGCGAGUGGCCAGAGGAGCAAAAGACGGAACUUUCGGGAAAAGAGACCCACAGUCUCCUCGGAAGUACGACGACCCGAGCGGGUACUUCACCACACCGCGGGUCGAUCGGCACUUCUCCGCCCGGCCGGGUAACUCUUCCUCCGGGCUACUCAACCCGCUCUUCCCGGUCACCGACGGGUCCUACUGGGCGUACGCCGUCAUGCUCCUGGCGCUCGUGCUAUUCGCAGCGGGCAUCGUGGGUAACCUCGCGCUCAUGUGCAUAGUUUGGCAUAAUUUCUACCUGAAGAGCGCGUGGAACUGCAUCCUGGCUGGACUGGCCUUCUGGGAUUUCCUCGUGCUGUUCUUCUGUCUUCCGGUGGUCGUCUUCCACGAGCUCACCUUGAAGAGGUUGCUAGGAGACCUGUCCUGUAGGCUCGUGCCCUAUCUGGAGGUGACCUCUCUGGGUGUGGCCACGUUCAGCCUCUGUGCUCUCAGUAUUGAUCGUUUUCACGCCGCCACCGGCCCCGGGCCCCUCCAGACGCCCAGAGUGGAGCCCUGCCAAUCCAUCCUCUCCAAGCUCUCCGUCAUCUGGGUGGGCUCUCUGGUGCUAGCGGCCCCUGAGCUGCUUCUGUGGCAGCUCGUCCAGGAACCUGUCAGCCUGUCGACCCUCUCCUCCGGCCUGCAUCGAAGCCAGCCGGGUGCGACGUUGCUGGCCGCUUUAAGAGCACGGGAGGACUCGUUUAAGGUGGAUGUCUGCGUCCGCGAGCCGUCUGUGGAGCUUCCAGAGAACGUGUACUCUCUGGUGCUGACGUACCACGAGGCCCGCAUGUGGUGGAUCUUUGGCUGCUACCUGUGCUUGCCUCUGCUCUUCACUCUGGCCUGCGACCUGGUGACGAGGCAGGUGUUAGCCCAGCGUCUGCCACAGAAACCUGCAGGUGAAAAGGUGACCAGCAGAUGCCCCUCCUCAUCCUCCUCGUCUUCCUCUUCAACAAAGAAGAAGCAGCACGGGAGAGAGCAGCGUCUGCGCUCCACCGUCAUGGCGCUCACCAUCCUGUAUGUCACAUGCAACCUGCCUGAGAGCAUCUGUAACAUCACACUGGCGUACAUCUCCGCCCACGUGUCUGCUGCGAUGCCGGCUCUGGUCCUGCCAGCGCUGAAUCUGAUUGGUCAGUUCCUGCUGUUUGUGCGUUGCUCGGCGACGCCAGUGUUGCUGCUGUUCCUGUGCCGCUCUCUGGGUCAGGCCUUCAUGGACUGCUGCUGCUGCUGCUGUGAGGAGUGCAUCCCCGACGGAAACUCCUCCUCUUCCUCGUCUGCUUCAACCACCGCCACCUCCAACCCCUCCUCGCCCACAUCGCCCACUCCGUCCUCGCUGACUCCCUCCAGCAAAGAGGAGGUGAAGAGCAUGUUGGCCACAGAACCAGCAGUCUGCUACGACAGAGCCAAAGACUCUACCACAGCUAUCGGGACACCGUGCUGAGGAACAGAACUGUUUUAUCAAAAGGAUCAUUUAGGUUUAUUAUAACUUGGGUCUUAUUUUUGAAGUUUGAGUGAUAAUUUCCAUCAGUUAUGAUAAUAAUAAUUCUCAUGAAGUAACAGUUGAGAUCUGGGGGUAAGUCAUUCUGCUAAAGCAGGGUACACAUUACAAGAUUAUCGGCUGAUAGUCCUGUGAUGUGAGGACUGUUAAGGGCGAUCCGAUUUGCUCGGAGGCAGGGCCGCCCAAACAGCACACCACACAGAUACAGUAGGAAAAGAAACAGUUAAAUCUCUGACUAUAUGACGUCAUGUGUGGGGUCUCUCACAUUUUUUUAAAUCUGCGUAGGUCUUUAAGAAUCUUUUAGUGUGGGGCAAGCUGAAGGAGAAGUCUGAACAGUCAAUAAACACGAGCUGCAACAGUUUAUCAAGAUGUCACACUAUGCAGCGAAAAGCUGUGGACAACGGCCUCAGCCUUUGUUCCUGGUGUGCUUUAGGACUCUUUUUUUGUUUGAAAUGAAAUCCUUAAUGUACUGUAAGUAUGUUAUUAUAGAGGUUAAAGUUAAGCAGCUGUAAGAUUCUCUCAACAUUGACUUAAAGGUCACAUAUUCUCCUCCUCUUCAACCAGUGUAAAUAAGUCUCAGAGCUCCCUAAAACAUGUGUGUGAA